AUGGCUGAAUCUAAAAAAAAAGAGUGUGUACUUUGUUACGAUGAGAUUUAAUACAUCGGUUUAGGUUAGUGCAAUCACAAGGAAAUGUGCUAUAAAUGUCACUACAAGAUGAGAACAUUUACUUAAAAUAUUUCUUGUCCUUUGUGCAAUAGUUUGAAUGGUGAUUUGAUUAUUACAGAUGAUUUUAAUGCUGACUUUGAUGACUUUGAGUUAGAUGGCUUAGAAGUAUUUGAUUAAAAAGCAGGAAUUUAUGCUACUACUGAAGAAAUUUAUCAUGAACUGAAAAAACUUGUAGAAAUUAAGUGUUUCGCAUCUGGAUGCAAAGAAGAAAAUAAUACAUUUUAGAGUCUUGCAAAUUUAAAAAAGCAUUUGAAGGAAAAGCAUUAGCGUUUUUUAUGUGACAUCUGUUUAGAAUACAAAACAUGCGUCUUGUCUGAAUAGAAAUUGUACACAUAGCCAGGUUUAGAAAAACAUACCAAAAAGGGAGACUUCGAUGAAGAUGGAAAUGUUUAUUUCUUCCAUCCCGAAUGCAAAUUUUGCUUGAAGUAAUUUUAUGAUGAAGAAGCUAUCGUAAAACAUAUGCCUGAUCACUUUACAUGUCAUGUUUGUGGUCCUGAUUACAAAUACAUUUAUUAUAAGAACUACUAAACUUUAGAAAAGCACUUUAGAAUGUCUCACUAUCUUUGUGAAGACUAAUCUUGUAGAAGCAAUUCAUUUAUCGUUUUUAAAACAGCUCCUGAAUUAGAAAUGCAUAAUUGUAAAGUUCAUAACUAAAGCAAUUCCAAAAAGCACACUGUUAACUAAAUUAAUCUUACAACUAUGACUGGUUUUGAUUUCGGAAACGGUACUGAAAUCAAAACAAAAAGCAAGGAUGAUUAAAUUAAAGAUAAGGAAGGUUUGGAUUUUGAAAGUCAAUUCCUUUCUUUAAGAAAAACCAAAAUGAAAAAUACUUAAAUUGAUUCUCAUGAAGAUGAACCUAUUGAUUACAGAGACUUCUACUGCUAAAAGUAUGACGAAAAGUAUAUCAAAGAAGAAACAGAAAUCUUGCAACAAUAUUAUGAAGAACACUAUGGUGAAUAGAAAUAAUAAAAAGGUGGUAGAAAUAAUAAUAGAUCCAAAACUAAUACCAAAAGAAAAUCUUCUACUAAAAACGAUGAAGUAUUUUAAGAAGAUAUUCCACUUCUAAGAUAUCAUUAAAUUCAUCAUUUAGAUGAUGAUUAAAUAUUAGGAAAACUUGGAUUUGUUUUAGAUUAAGAAAAAUAUGAUUAAGUUGAAUAAGCAAAAAGUUUGAUGUAGAAGAAGAAAAUAACUGCUCUUGAAUUCUAUAAUAAAUUUGAAUCUUGUGUAGGAAAAGCAAUAGCAUUAAGAUUACUUCCAGUUUUGGCAGCAAGUUUAAAUUCAAAGUAUGAAUCUAUUUAAAAAGAAUUAGAUGAUGUUUACAUGGCUUAAAUUAAAUUAUUACCAGCAAAGAAUUAAAAUUUGAUAAACAGCUCCACUACUUAUAAAGAAUUUUUCUCUAAAUUUAGAACCAUUAUUGAGGAUUAGCUUUCUAGUCGUAUUAAAAGUGGUGCACUAAAAUUAAACUUAAAAGAUUUAAAAAUGGAUAGAUCAAGAAGAUUCUAGCUCAUUGAAAUUUUAAGAAGAGUUAAAACAAAAGAAAUGGCUAAGCUUAAGUUUAUUUCCAACUUUGGUGUCUCUGUUGAUGUCAAUUCUAUGAUUUUAAGAAAACUUUUCUUCUCUGACUUUAAAAAAAUAAACGAUCAUUUGGAUAAGAUUCCCAACCAUGAAAUACUUCACCUCUACGUAUACGUGAGCUAUUGUGAUGAUUUAUUACAUGGAAAAGAUAUUCAUAAAGAUAAAUAGCAAAUUUCAGUUAAUAUGUUAAAAGAUUACUUCUCUACUCAUCCAGAAAUAUAUAACCAAUUCUACCCUAAGGGAGAAAAUGUUGACGAAGAGUACUAAGAAGAAGAAUAAAAAUAAUAAAUAGGUAUUAUAUAAAAAACAAGCGUCAUUUCAAAAUCAAGUGGCCAAUCUAAAGCAUAGCAAAUUGAUACUUAAGAUAUUUAUGAGUUCCCAUCUAUGAAUCCUUAAUAAAAGAAGGUUGUUCCUGCAUCUUAAAUUAAACCAGAACCUACUCUACCUGUAGAAAAGCCUAAAAAUGAAAAAGAAAUAUAAAAAAAACUAAAUGUUUAGAAUAAUUGGGAAAAAGCAAAUGAAAAUCCUUUCCUCUAUGAAUCUUAAGAUACCAAAAUUAGAGUUAAUUAAGUUUUAAAAGAAGAAUUCCCCACUUUAGGUGGAGGAAAACCUCUUCAACCAUUCACUGUUCCUAAAAAAAAAUAACCAACAUUAUUUACUGAAGAGGAGAAACCUUAACCUAAAAGUCAAGCAAAAAACAAUGGUAAUCCUACUAAAUAAGAGUCUAAUUAAUGGAAUGGCCCAGGUAGCGAAGAUGUAAAUGAACACGAUAUAGCUAACUUAAAAGUUGUUGGAGUUAAGAAGAAAGGUAAAAAGGGAUAAGUUCAAGUAUCUCUUGCUGGUUACUUUAAAUGA